GGAGGAGGUGAGUCCUGCAGUCUUUUUUUUACUUUUCUCUAACAAUUCGAAGAUUCAAAGAACCCCCAAACACUUUUCAGUAUUGGAUUUGGUUACUCUUACUCCUCUCUCUCUCUUCUCCGAUGGAUUUCCAAGUUGUCGUCCUCGCCGGUGGCACUUCGAAGAAGCUCGUCCCUCUCGUCUCCAAGGAGGUACCCAAAGCUCUGCUUCCGGUGGCCAACCGUCCGGUUCUCUCUUAUACUCUGGAGCAAUUGGAGCUCUGUAAUCUCAAGGAUCUAAUUGUCGUUGUUGAAGGGGGGGAUGCAGCUCUGCGUGUUGGUGGCUGGAUAUCGGGGGCUUAUGUUGAUCGUUUACAUGUCGAGGUUGCUGCAGUCCCUGAGGACGUUGGAACAGCUGGUGCGCUGAGGGCGAUUGCACAUCAUUUGACUGCUAAGGACCUUCUGGUAAUGAGCGGUGAUCUUGUUUCUGAUGUUCCUCCUGGUGCAGUUGCAGCUGCUCAUAGACGACAUGAUGCUGUGAUGACUGCGAUGCUUUGUUCUCCUUCUGUAGGUGGACAUUCAGAGACAGGAUCCUCUGGUGGAAAAGAAAAAACCAAGAAGCGUCAUAAUGUCAUAGGGCUGGACCGCACUAGGCAGUUUUUGUUACAUAUAGCAACAGGUGUUGAAGUUGAGAGAGAUACUCGAAUCCAGAAGAGCAUUCUCCGUGCUGUAGGGCAGAUGGAAAUUCAUGCUGAUCUAAUGGAUUGCCAUAUGUAUGCAUUCAAGAGGUCUGUCCUGCAAGAAAUUCUGGACAAGAAGGAUAAAUUUCAGAGCCUAAAACUGGAUGUGCUUCCUUAUCUUGUUCGCAGUCAGCUGAAAUCAGAGGUAUUCUUAAAUGGUCAAUCACAAGCAGAAGAAAAUAGUAAUGAGAAGGUUUUUCCCGAAAACAAUCAUGUAAUGAUGUCUCGAAUCCUAGCUAAUGCAUCUACGCCAAGCUUUCAUGAAUUCUACGCAAUGCAUCCUGAUGGUUCAGCUCCUGCUCGGCAAACUCACAAGUGCUGUGUUUAUAUUGCUGACAACAGCAAGUACUGUGCACGCUUAAAUUCUAUCCAGUCGUUCAGUGAUAUUAAUCGAGAUGUUAUUGGGGAGGCAAAUCAUCUUUCUGGGUAUUCCUUCUCUGCUCAUAACAACAUCAUCCAUCCUUCAGCAGAGCUAGGAUCUAAAACUACUGUGGGGCCACAUUGCAUGCUGGGAGAAGGUUCACAAAUGGGUGACAAAUGCAGUGUGAAACGAUCUGUUAUUGGCCGUCACUGCCGGAUAGGUUCUAAUGUAAAGUUGGUUAAUUCAGUUGUAAUGAAUCAUGUUACGAUUGGAGAUGGAUGUUCUAUCCAAGGUUCUGUAGUUUGCAGCAAUGUACAACUUCAUGAGCGUGUUGUACUCAGAGAUUGUCAGGUUGGGGCAAAUUAUGUGGUUGCCGCAGGCAGCGAGUACAAGGGGGAGCCUUUAGCUAGAAAGGAGAAAUGAGUGCAUGAAACUUUAAAAACGAUAAUGUUCAGAGUGAUCGGAAUGUUGCAGGUGUUUCGUUGUAGGCUAGAGCAAAUUUUGUUUAGUUUCGAGUUUGGUGGAUUGUAUAUCCUUUGUGAGGAGUGGAAGUUAGCUUCAAUUUUGUUCGUAAGCAAAAUGUUAAUCUGGUGGUAAAUGAGUAGGAGUUCAUUUCCUUGCAGGAAAAAAAUGGCAUGAAGUUCAAAUCAGAAAGACAAAUUGUAAUGGGUUUAUAUUAACAAAGAGCAUGUAUGUUACGUGCGAUAUUGAUCGAGUGAUGGGUUUAUUUAAGGAA